UUGCGUCUUGUCUCCCCAGUUUGUCAGACAGUGAACAGAAGGAAACUCAAGAUUCACUAACCACUGACAAAGAGAAUGAAAAUCAAAGAGACAUCGUAAUGAAGUUAAGCCCUCUUUAGCUACAAUUGUCACGAAUAGGCGAGAAAUCAGCCUUGCCCUCGGACAUUAACUUCACACUAUGCGGAAGGAUACUACUCCGGACUUCUCCAUCAGAUCGACGACGUUCUUCAUGAAGUGCGUUGGCUUGUGGAUAGCGGAGAACGACGGCGAAGAACGUCUCAGGAAGAUCGCUUGGGGUUAUACCAUCUGGACAACAUGUUUCGCCACGGUCAUGCAGUGCAGAGACGUGUACUACUCCUGGGGAGACUUGAAAGCUACUCUGUUCUGUCUCUGCAAUGUUUUAUGUCUGCUAUUGGUAGGUGUCAAAGUGCUUAUAAGCCUCAUACACAAAAUGGAAUUCUUUGAAUUGAUUCUAUACAUGAGGGAGCAUUUCUGGAAUUGCAAUUCUUACGAUGCCGAAAAGAAGAUCGUGGACCAAUCGAAAAAAACGUGUAUAUUAUUUACCAGCAUUGUCACCAUCAGUGGCCACGGCACAGUAGCUGGUUACCUUCUAACACCGAUCAUUGCGAAUAUAGGGAAGAAUGAGUCAGACAGAAUAUUUCCAUUCAACAUGUGGAUGCCUCAACUACCCUUGACAAUGACUCCCUACUUCGAACUAUGUUUCAUUGUGCAGGCGUUCACGUUUUAUCAAAUUGCAAUCUGUUACUUUAGUUUCGACAACAUUUUGUGCAUUAUAAACGUACACCUAUCUGGACAGUUUCGUAUACUUCAAUACAGGUUGGAGACGCUUUGUCACAUGGAAAGAAAAACAGAGAUUGAAGAUGCAUAUGACAAUGUGAUGUUAAACGAUGCCAGUACAUCUUACGAGAAAUUGAAGAAUUGCAUUCGACAGCACCAGGUACUCAUCGAUUUUAGUGUGAAAAUCGAGAAUAUGUUCACAUUGAUGAUAUUGGCACAAGUAAUCAUCUUCAGUGCGUUGAUCUGCCUGCUUGGAUAUCAAACAAUACUGGAAACUGCAAGCACCGCGAAACGUUGCGGUUUCCUAUCCUCCACGCUGGGCAGCGCGUUCAUGCUGCUGAUGUUCACCUACAGUUGCCAUAGCAUAGUAAGCGAGAGUGACAAGGUCGGAGUAUCGGCGUACUCAGGAUUGUGGUCGGUUAUGCCAAUGAAUCAACCUGGGAAAGCCCUUCGAAAAGAUCUGAUGAUGAUCAUGCUACGAUCUGAACACGUCUGCUGCUUAACAGCAUUUGGAUUUUUCCCGAUAUCGUUAGAAACGUACACCAAGAUCAUGAGUACCGCAGUAUCAUAUUUUACUCUGCUCAGACAAAGCACUGAUUCUACAAUUGAAUCUUGAUCAGAGCCGCACCUUCAUAAAAUAGACAUACAAAUAGAUAUAUUUGUACAUUACAUGAUUACAUACAGAAAAAAAAAUAUA